CUGGUGUACGCUGUAGACUUGGUAAAGCGGCAGUGGUUCAUUCCUUUGUAGACCGUGAGGUUUGGUUUUCCCCGAAAAGCAAGCGACAACAUGGGCAGCAACAAUUCUGUUAAUAUCAAUGGCCAUGGCAACCACAUUAGCUCCUUUUCAAGAGAUCGAAGGGCUGGGUCUACGUCUACCUGUGUGAGCUACAGCGACUCUGUGAAGGAAUUUGAAGUAGGGGACUUAGUGGAGGUUACACUAAUCGUGCCUGAAAGAGGUCGCGGGUUGAACAUUGGCUUCUUGGCUGGCAUCGACAAACGGGAAGACGAUAUUGCCCUGCUCUUCUCGGCAGAUUUCUUCACUAAGCAGCUGAAUUUCUAUGCAAGGAAGAGGCAAAGAUGGGACACGUUGCAAACCUCGGAGAAGUUUCCCUUUGAGCAAGGAGGAAAGGGCGUCAUACAGAUCAAGUACAUGGGAUCUCACAAUCAGGUGUCUGUAAACGGCCAAGAAAUCGCCAACCUCAAGCAUCGCGUUGACCCCAACUCCGUACAAACUAUCUUCGUCGAGUCUGAUGUACACAUCGAGAGAAUGGAGUUCAGGCCCUUUAAAGAACGUCAGUAAAACAGCGGCAAGGACGACAAAAGGUCAGAAAGGGACUUGGGAGCUUAUGACUGGUCAAUCACAGUAGAUGGAACGUCUUCUUGCAUUAGACUCAUACGCAGACGUCAGUUUUCUUCCGAUUUAAAGUAUUUAAUAUAAAUUCACAAUGUACAAAGUUUAUCUGGUUCGUAAGUGAUUUCGUCACAAAGCCGGACGCGCCACAAUUUGCAGGCUCCCUCAGGAGGAUCGCUGGAGUUGUGCGUUAACUUCCGGUUCCGUGGUCCCCUGUAAACGGCGACCAAUGCAUGUAACUUUAUGUGCAGUGCAUGUGCAGCGGGCGUGGUUUAAACUGAAGUGACGUCACACUUACGAACCGGAUACUAAUUAAUAUUAUACUUUUGGCUGUAUUUGUAGUUUUUUAAUCCUGUUAAUGAUUUUUCACUUCACCGUCUUAGUGUAUUUCUUUCUAAUUGAAAACCUUAACAAUCUGUCUUAUUGCAAAGAGAAAACAGGUGAAAGUUUGAAGCGAUGUUUGCUAAUGGGGUAUACAUCUUGCUUUUUGAAAACUGGGACGAUAAGUGGUACACGCCCAUCUGGGGAUCCAAAGACGGGCCCCAGGAAGCAUUGGGGCUGCGGAUGCUUCCUCCCGGUAUGCUAUAAGACAGUUCAAGAAUAAAUUAGGAACUGUCGCAUUCUGGUUUUUAAAUCUUUUCCUCCAUUUUACUACUUCCGUAUAACAUUAGUUCGCAGCUGAACAGAGGGUCCCCAUAUCCUUUGUAGUGUUUUCGUGCUCCUAGGGUAAAAAAGCCUCCUACACCCAUGAAGUAGGCCUAUAGGCUCACUUGUACAGCGCAGGGAUGGAUGACAUAAGGCAGUGUAAACGUAGCUGCAUAAUCAAUACCAAUUCUCUGUAACAUUAUUUGACACAAUAAAUAAAUUCGUACUUGAA